ACACAUAUUUCAGGUUUGAUAACACAUCUUUCUUGCUACAUAUUUCUUGCAUUGUAAAAAGUACAGCCUCUUAAGAUAAGGAUUUAGAUGAUAGGGGCACCCAUUGCAUUUUUUGAUUACUGGUUUAUCAGUCUUUUUCAACUCAUUUGGCCUUCUAUCACUGUCUGAAAAUGACUACUUAGCUGCUCGCUCUGACUUUCUUUUUUUAUUAGGAAAGAAGCUGCUCAGUCUGAUGGUUGAGCCUUUUUAAAGUAUUUUGAAUGUAUGAACCUGUCAAAUUGUUAUCAGACGAAACCAAAAUAGAGAUGUGAUCUUGUGGUCCUAAAUGAUAUUAUUUGCAUAUAGAUUCAAUGAUUGACAUAUAAAAGAUGUGUGAUUCUGCUUUCUAGAUGAGGUAUGGAUUUGUUUUGCCAUUUGCCCUGUAAGGAAGAAGUUCUUGCUUCCCACAUAUUUCCCCCUGCAGAAGUCACUGGUUGCUGUUUGUUUGUUUGUUAUGUUUUUCUUUUUUGUCAUUGCCUUCCAUGACUUGCAUUUUUCUAGAUGAGGCAUGAGGUCUGAUUUUGAUGGGCUGUUUUCCCAUCAAGAAAGGGUUUCCUUCCCACCACAAUCUACCAGUUGCUACCUGUUCUUUUGUUCUCUUUCUUUUAAAAAAUGUCAGUAUCUGUUUCAUUCCUUUUCAUGGUAAAAAAGAACACGUCUUUUAUGAGUUUCUUACAGUCGGGAUUGACGAAAAAACCUCAAAAAAGCACCCAUAGAAUUAGAUACAAAGGAAGGGGUGGGGGUGCAGGGGAGUGUACAGAUUAUAUGUCUUUGGGGUGGAAAAAACCUCAGAGUUCUGAAUAAACCAAAUCCUGUCUGAGAAACUGCUACUUUUACUUUGUAUCAGAUUAAAUAUAAGAUUCGCAGCUCUGGUUAGAUGUAAUAUUAUCCAAGUACCUUCUGAAGUUAAAAAACCACAUCCAUCAAAUGACAAACUAGCAUUGUUAAAGUCUGGUCCUUUUAUUGAACGAUUCUUUAUUUUAGCUUGGUGAAUAAGAUCUAUGUAAAUCCCCUAGUAGGUUGAGAUUUGAUUGUGUUUUAGGGGUUACAAGUUUACCGCUAAACAAAGUUGCUGAGGAUCAAUGCAGCCAAAUCCCACUCCCUAAGUUGAAACAUCUUCAUCUGGGUGCGGUUAUACACAUUACACAGUCAAUGGAACUUGAUAAAUUUGUUACUUUUGGAAAGUUUAUCUUAGGUUUGAAUUUGCGCAUAGGAGAUGAGAACCUGGUUCAUAUGCGAUUCAGGAAGAAUAUUGUUGUGGAGCUCUAGUGUAAAUAACUAUGGAUCCAAGUUGAGGUUGAUCUUUUGUACGUAUUUGAGUAUUUCCCUUAGUCUACAGUCAAUUAUCUGGAACCUGCUUUGCAAUACCUGCAAAUCGUCCUUCCGGAACUCAAGCUAGAUUGCAGUAGUGAUUUAGACGUACAGACAGAUAGCUAAGAAUCUCUGUAUCCUUAAAUGGUUUGGGGUCUAAAUAUUAUAUUUCCACCAAUUCACAGAUCAUACAUUUACUUUGAUUGAGGACUUUAGCAUGGUGUUGCUUUAUCUUUGAGUAGAAACUGUAGUCAGGGGGCUUACAGUAUGGGAACAUUCGUCUUUUUAUGGUGUGGAUUACAUUUAGGAAACAUGACUAAGUUUUUGCGGACUGCGGACAUCCUGAAAUAGUAUUAAUUCCUAAUAUGCUUGAGACUGAAUAUCUCAUCAACUCUCCGUCAUGAUGUAGCAUCACUAGAUCUGGUUAUUGGACAGGGUUACCCAAUGGGUAUACGUUUUGGGUCAUGUUCAUAGGGCUCUUAUUGGCCAGGGCCUUUAUUAGACAUGGUCAAUAUAGGGUCAAACUUUUACACAUUAAUUUUGAAAACUAGAAUAGUUGUGAUAUAAAAAAUUAUAUGGAUAGAUUCGUGUUCACUUGUAUUCGCAUAUGACACUUUUUUUUUCAUUUUCCUUGUUCAUUUAUUGACCCGCCCACUGGCGGCCUGUUAUUGACCGGUGACCUGCUUUGAUUUGCCCAUUAUUGACACGGUAAAAAAAAUCAUUUCAUUCAACCCGCUUUUGACCCACACCGAUCCUGACCUGACCUGACCCACCCCGCCCAAUAACCAGGUCUAAGCAUCACCAUAGGCUAGUGCCAACUGCCAAGUAUGAGCUUCAUACCGGUGCACUAAGCAUGUAUGUUGGUGCAGAACUUUGUGUUUGAAGCUAUUUGUUUGAUUACAGUUUGAAGUGUUUAAAAAAGCAGGAAGGGAAAUAGGACUUCAAGCAUAACCACCACACAUGAGAUGUUAGUGGACCCUCCCUAGAGCUUGCAAUGAAAUCUACUUCUUUCGUUAAAAACUUCCUAUAUAGCUAGAGGACGAGUAUUGUUUGUCAUUUGCUCCAUACUAGAUAAUAGUUGUGUGUAACUAUUCUAUCAUCAGGAGUUUUUGAGGUCCUGAGCACAGCACACACCUUACUUAAUUCUUUUUAACAUAGUGAGUGCUGCCUAUGCAAUUCUCUCUAUUCGUUUCCACAAACUAACAUGUCACAGGAAGCAACCAGUUUGUGGUCAUGGUGGUGGAGCACCAGCGAUCAAGCGGAUGAAACUUACCGAAAUAUUUUGACCACCAUAGUCCUUUUGUUGGUUAUUUUUUGGUUCAUUUUCUCCAUCAGGAGGCAGAAUGAGAAGAAACUUCCUUUGCCUCCUAGACCGCGUGGCUUGCCUUUAGUUGGCUAUUUGCCCUUUCUGGGCUCUAAUCUCCACCAAAGCUUCAAAGAGUUAGCCAGUAUAUAUGGUCCGAUCUUUAAAGUUCAGCUUGGAAUUAAAGAAUAUAUUGUGGUCACUUCACCCUCUCUAGUUAAAGAGGUGGUAAGGGACCAAGAUAUCACUUUUGCUAACCGGGGUGAUCCUACUGUUGCUGCAAGGAGCGUUUUGUUUGGGACAAUGGAUAUUGGGUUCUCCGAUUAUGGUUUUGAAUGGCGGAAGAUGAGGAAGAUUUUCGUCAGUCAAAUGAUGAGUCACGCUAGCCUUGAUGCUACCUAUCAUCUCAGGAAACUGCAGGUAAAAAAAAUGAUGUAUGAGACUUGUGAAAAAGCUGGUCAGCUGGUUGAUAUAGGUGAAUUAACUUUUUUUACCAUUGUCAGUUCAGUAUUGAGCAUGAUAUGGGGGGAUACGUUGAAAGGAGAUAAGAGUUCUAUAAUUAAUGCAGAAUUUCGUGCUGUCAUAGCUGAAAAUGUGGAACUCUUAGGGGCACCAAAUAUUUCAGACCUUUUUCCUUUGCUUGCUUGGUUCGAUUUACAGGGGAUAGAGCGUAAAAUGAAGAUGAUCUCUCUCCGCUGUGAAAAUAUCCUUGAUGCAGCCAUAUGUCAUUACAACACUGCAGAAACUAAUGAGCCGAAGGAUUUUCUGGGGCACCUCUUGCAGCUUACCAAACUUGAAGAUCCUGCAACUUCGUUAACCUUGCCACAAGUUAAAGCCAUACUCUUGGACACUGUGGUUGGGGCAACAGAUACAACAGCUGCUAUGGUUGAAUGGGCUAUGGCAGAGAUGCUGCAGCAUCAACAAGUACUGAGGAAAGUCCAAGAAGAAUUAACUGAGGUAGUAGGGUUGAAUAGUACAGUUGAAGAAGAACAUUUUCCCAAGUUGAAGUAUCUGAAUGCAGUUGUGAAGGAGACACUUCGUUUGCACCCAUCUCUGCCUAUGCUCAUUCCCCAUUGUCCGAGCAAGGAUUCUAGUAUAGGGGGAUACGCGGUGCCAAAGGGUGCUCGUAUUUUCCUGAAUGUAUAUGCUAUUCAGAGAGACCCGCAGUUUUGGGAAGAUCCAUUGAUGUUUCAACCUGAACGGUUUUUAAGCACAUCUUCUGAAAGUGUGCACUACUUGGGCAACCACUUUCAGUUUCUUCCUUUUGGGUCUGGGAGGAGAAUAUGUCCUGGUAUUUCACUAGCAGAGAGGAUGUCAGUCCUUGUGUUAGCUUCCCUACUGCAUUCUUUCGAAUGGAAGUUACCAAAUUACACAGUUGAGGUUGAUUUCUCUGAGAAAUUUGGAAUUGUUGUGAAAAAAUCAGAACCUCUGAUUGCUGUUCCAAGUCCAAGACUCAGCUUUGAGCUUUAUUCAUACAAAGGAAGCCACCAGUCUGGUGAAGUGAACUGAACCAGAUCACAGAAAUUCUCUCUGUACAUCUACAUACAACAGAUAUAAAGAGGCAAAGAGAAGGCAUGGGUACAUAAAUUUCUCUCUACACAUCUGUUGUAUAUGUCUAA